UGUGUGUGUGUGUUUGUCUCUGCCCAGUGUGUAGUUUUUUUUGCUACCACUGCUAUUUCAAAUUCGAUUGACUGAAAUAAAAAAAAAAUUAUGAAAAAAAUGUGUCGAUUAAAAUGAUGAAAACAAUUUUGAUAUAGCCAUCAUCAUCAUCAUCAUCAACAACAUUAAGUUGGUAAGUGUUGAUGAUUAAUGUGAUAAAUUGUAAAUUCAUCUUAAUAAUGUGCAUAAUUGGUGACCAAAAGAUACAUUAUUACGAUUACGAAAAACAAUAAUCAUCAGCAAUAUAAAAUGGCCUUAUGCAUCUGUGGACAGGGAAUGAGCUCAAAUAAUAAUAAUAAAGAUGGCGUCGUUUUCGGUUCAUCAUCAUCAUCAAUUACAUGCAACAAUUGUCAACGUUUUAUUCAUCUAGAAUGUGCUAAUCUACUAGUCCAUCAAGCACAAGAAACAUCAGUAUUUUAUUGUCAAAUAUGUCGCCCAUAUACAGGACCAUCCAUAUUAAAAACAAUCACAAAUCAUCAUCGUCAUAAUCGAAAUGCUGAAAAUGCCGAUCAAUUACCCAUACAAACGGGUACACCUGAUUUUAUCAACUACUUAAAACGAUCAACAUCGAUACCGGAUGCAAGAUCAAUGGUCGAUGUGAAACGUAUGCGUGGACAACAAUUAACAUUGAAAGAAUUAAUACUAAGUGGCUUUGAUCGACCAAUUGUAGUCGAAACAAAAAAUGGUCUAGAAAUGUCUAUGGAUUCAGAAUUCAAUCUAAUAACAGCUUGUCAAUACUAUUCCGAAGAUUUAAUAGUCGAUGCAAUCGAAGUUACUCGUCAGAUUAAAGUGAAAACUAAACUAGCCUAUCUAUUGGCUCAAUUUAAACUUGGCCAAGAUGAACGACAAGAUGUAUAUGCUGUUCGUGUGAAUAUGUCUAAAAAUAUUAAAGGCGAACAAUUUGUACAACCACGGAUUGUUCAAAGACUUAGCUGGGUCGAUAUGUAUUGGCCAGAUGUGCCUUUUAAACCAUUACUAUCGAAAUAUUGUUUCUUAUCAAUGCGUAAUGCAUACAAUGAUUUUCAUAUCGAUGUUGGUGGUGCAUCUGCAUGGUAUCAUAUAAUCGAAGGCGAACAAACAUUCUAUUUGAUUGAACCAAAUAAUGAGAAUCUAGCACAUUUUGAAAAAUGGAUCAAAUCAGAAAAUCUACAUGAAAUAAUGUUCUAUAGAAAUGUAGCUAAUGUAUUCAAAAUAAAAUUAACACAAGGCCAAACAAUAUUCAUACCUAAUGGUUGGAUUUAUUCGAUUCUCACACAAGAUGAUACCAUUGCAUUCGGUGGUUAUUUCCUACACAGUCUAAAUAUUGCCACACAAUUAUCGAUAAAUGAUUUUCUUAAAUCAUUACAGAAACCUGGUCUAGAUUUUCCUGCUUAUGAAUUGACCAAUUGGUAUGCUGCACCAAAUAUAUUAAAAUUGGCGAAAGAAAAUCUUAAAAAUCAACCACCUAAACAUCUAUCGAUGGGUAUAGCAGCAUUGAUUGAAAAACUUCGAUUCUGGCUACAAAGAUCGAAAUCAAAACGAUCAAAUAAUGAACAGCAGCAGCAACAACAACAACAAUUAAUACCUAAAGCUGUAAAUUGUUCGAAAAUUAUACGUGACCUGAAUCGAUGCCUAAGGAAAAAGAAGAAAAUUAAUCAAAACAAAAAUAAAGAUCAAAUAAAACUUAAAUCAAAAGAUACAAUCGAUCAUCAACAACAACAACAAUCAUCAUCAUCACAACCAUUCACAUUAAAUCCUGAGGAAACAAAAAUCAAAGAUUUAGUCGAUACAGAAUCAUCAUCAAAUUCAAAUUUAAAAAUUAAAGUUAAUAUGAAACUUGCCCAGGAUGUUAUCAGGAGAUCGAUGGAUGAUCCAUAUGAUUUGAAUAGUGAUCAAAAUGUCAGCAACGAAUUAUUAUUAUUUUCAAAAUCUAAAAAAAAGAAAAAACGUCAACAUGAUGAUGAAUUGGUGAAAAUAAUUGAAAGUACUAAACGUGAAGAUGAUGAUUAUAUCUAUAUGGAUCUAGAUUCACCUGAAGAUCAUCAACAAAAUAUUGAUAAUGAUAAAAUCUGGAAACCAGGAACCUCAUCUACAUCAACAACAACAUCAUCAACGGCAAUGAAUAGUAACGGUAACAGCAGUGGUAAGAAAUAUUCGAAAAAUUCGUCGCAGCAAUCCAAAAUGACUACGACGACGACGACGACGACAACUAUGAUUGGCAGUAGUAAUGCUGCUGAUAUUAUCAAUAAGCAACAGGCAAAAAUUGAAAAACAUGGCCAAUCAUCAUCAUCAUCAUCAUCAACAACAACAAAGUUAAGCACCGUUGAAACAGGAGGAGAUAUUCAUCAUCAUCAUACGCAACAACAACAACAACCACCAGAGAAAUCAUCGUCAUCAAUGGCUGUAAAUACUAUGAAUAAAAAAUAUAAAAAAGGUCUGGCCACUCCGAAACAACGAUUGGCUAAAAAACUUAAGAUGAUGUCCAUGUAAUAAUCAAAUGAAGAAAAAAAAUU